AAGAGUUUUUGAUGAUUAAAAUUUAUCUAAUUUGACUCAAAAAAGUUUAAAUAUAUCCGACGGCGAGAAUAAUAGUGAGAUGCACAAUAAUAUUAUUUCAUUCACGACAGGAUGAUGAUGAAGUUGCACAGUAAAUCCCAUUUUUACCUCGCCUCCCUCCUCCUUUUCAUCUUCUUCUUCCUCCUCACCGCCGCGGUAAAAAACCAUUCAACGGAUCUGGAAAACAAUGGCGGGAGCGGCCAGAAACUGUUGUUUGUGUUCGGGGAUUCAUAUGCAGACACGGGGAACAAGAGGAAAGCCAACGCCUCUUCUUGGAAGCCGCCGUACGGCUCCACCUUUCCCGGCAAGCCCUCGGGCCGCUUCUCCGACGGCCGUGUCCUCACCGAUUUUCUGGCAAAACACGUGGGAGUGAAGUCACCAAUAGCAUACAGAUGGAUCAAGAAGAAGGGGAGUAUUAGGGCACGUUUGGAAGACGGGGUGAACUUUGCCUACGGAGGCAGCGGGGUGUUUGACACUUUAGUUGCAGGGCCAAACAUGACCUCCCAGAUCCGAUCAUUCCGGAGACUCGUUCACGAUUCAGUGUUUAACCAGAGCCAGGUCCAGUCCUCCGGCGUCUUCUUUGUCACCCUCGCCGGCAAUGACUAUUCCGCUUUUCUCGCCAAGGGCGGCACUCCUCAGGGGUUACCAGCAUUCAUUAGUAGUGUGGUGAACCAACUUACCAUGAACUUGAAGUUCCUCUAUGAUCACGGGGCGAGGAAGGUGGGGGUGACGUCUCUGGAGCCAUUAGGAUGCCUCCCGAGAGUCACCGUUCACUCCUCAUUUCGUGAGUGCAACGCCUCGCAAAACGUCGCAGUCAACAUCCACAAUCAGCUCUUGCGGGAAGCAGUGGAGCGUCUUAACAACCAAACCAGCAGCUCAACUUUUGUUCUCCUCGACCUGUACUCGACCUUUACUAGCGUUAUUGAACAAAAAAAUGCCACUCCAGGGAGUAUGGUGUUUGAGACGCCAUUGAAGCCGUGCUGCAUGGGAACAAGCGAGGAACACUACUGCGGAAGCGUGGACGAGAAUGGGGCGAAACUCUACACGGUUUGCAGCGAUCCAAACGCGGCCUUCUUCUGGGAUGGAGCCCACCCUACUCAAGCUGGCUGGGCUUCUGUUUAUUCCUCUUUGAAGCCCACUCUCCAACAAAUGCUAGCUUAAUUAAUUAAUUACUAAUUUUAGUUGAUUUCUUUCGUGAUAAUUUCUACAUAAUUUGUACCCUUUUCUCCCAAUUUGGUCUUUAAUUAAAUAUCGCGUCUUAUAUCUUCUCCGUCAGAAUUGAUCGAAUUUUUUACCAAUGUUACAUUGUAUAACUACAAGGAUGUUAUUGU